AUGCGAUCCUGCAAUAUUCUGCUGUCAUCGAAGCUUGCUCCCUGGCAACGAAUAGAUGCAUUGAAAGCAUUCUUUUAUCCUGCUCUCGCAUUUGAUAUGCGAGUUGGUCGGCUCCGGAAAGGUGACUGGUCAAGAUUGGAUGACUUCGCCCGCCCCCUACUGAAGGAAACGCUGAACGUUCCACCGGAGGCUGCGAAUGAAUACCUUUAUGGUGAUACUGAAGCAGCCUGCCUUGGAAUCCCACUUGCAAAAGAAGACUCAGACAUCGCUCGGGUGGAAGGGGCAUUCAAACUCCUGACAUCGAACGAUCCUGAUGUCCGGAACCUUGCCUGGGAGGAUCUGACACAGUUUAUCUCCAUGAGGAUCCGUCGCCCACCCACUAGUGAAGAGAUUGCUGCCUUCCUGUCGGCGGCUGACAUUGGUCCGUUUCAAGGGACAAGCAAUGCCUCCUCUUCACCCUGGUCUGCUGCACGUGCAGCCUCACGGCGACUUGAAACAUCAUGGACGGUGACAGAUGACCGCUCUAUCUCCAUCACCCUAGGUGGCAGCUCUAUCGACUCUUCGAAGAGACAUCUCCUGUUUCGCACACUACGAAAAGCGAAACGUUCCAGCCGUUCUGCCAAACUGAUUGCUUAUCCCAGUCAAGGCAAAGCAGUUGAGUGUGCUGCAGCGGCUAAAGCCAGCAACCACUUCUUCCGAGAGGGUACUUACACCAGGUUCGCCGACUGGCGCUUCAUACACCGUGCCCGGCUAAAUCCUGUGCCCCUCAAUGCGAAUAAACGCAACAACGCUGGUUCGAAAGGAUGCAGAAGAUGUGAUCGCCCGCUGGAAACUCUACCGCAUGUGGCCGGUCACUGUAUGCGAUAUAGCCGCCUGUAUCAGCAAAGGCAUAAUGCUAUUGUGGAAAGAUUAAAAAAGGCCGCUAUGGGACGAUGGGACGUGGAAUCGGAAACUCAGGUUGUUCCCGGCACAAACCUUAAACCGGAUCUUGUUCUAUCCAAGGACAGCUCGGUCAUGAUAAUCGAUGUCACUGUACCAUUCGACAACAGGUUGGCCUCUUUUGAAGCUGCCAGAAGAGAAAAGGAAGAAAAAUACACUGCGGUAGCUGAGCAACUCCGUGCAAGAUUUGCUGACGUCCGUGUCGAGGCAAUUGUAGUUGGUGCCCUGGGGGCUUGGGACCCCAAGAAUGACCGGAUUAUCCGCCGACUAUGCAGCAAAAAAUACGCCACCACGAUGCGACAGCUGAUCGUCAGUGACACCAUUAAGAGUACGCGGGACAUAUACAUCGAGCACCUGACUGGUCAACGCCAGGUCCCUUGGCGGGAGCGUGACAGACCAAACAACCAAAGGCAAGAAGACAAUCAAACCAUAGGAUAG